AUGAUUUAUUUAAACGUUUUGAUAAAAAAAGAAGAUUUUUUAAACGAAUUUAAUUAUUUGGAAACAAUUCGUGAUAUAAAUCGUCAAUAUGAUGAAAUUGUUUUAACAAAUUGUAUAAUUGAUGAAAGAAUUUUUUUAGAAAAUAAAUUUCAAUUAAAUGACUUAUGUAAUUCAUUAAAUGAAAAUCAAUAUUCAAAAUCUUCUCAAAAUCAACAUAUUACAUCGAAUGAUUAUCAAACAGUUUCUUUUAAUCAAUAUUUAACAUCCAUAUCUCAAACUAAUCCAUUAAUUAAAUUAUUAUAUUCAAUUGUUCAACAACAACAAACUUUUUUAGAUUAA